AUGGCAUGGGACACCAGCGCCACGGAGAGCGGAGACGAGGUUCCGCUGGAGCUGUAUUCGGCCUUCCAGCACGCGCCCACCAGCCUGACCCUCACCACCGCUCGCCUGGGCCACAAGCCGCCUGAAAAGAAGCGAAAGAGAAGCGGCGACAAGGAGCCGCCCACCACAGCUCGCGCGAAAAAGGCCUUCCGGGAGGGGUCACGGAAGUCCUCCAGAGUGAAGGGUUCGGCCCCUGACGUGGACCCGAGCGACUCUCCGUCGCUGUGGGAGAGUAAGAUGCAGCUGUGGACGGAGCGCUACGAGGAGGCCAGCAGCAACCAGUACAGCGAGGACGUGCAGACGCUGCUGCGCAUCAAGGAGGCCAGCCACGUCAAGACGCUGGCCUACAACACACACACCGCCAGCUUCAAGCCCCCGUGGAGGUAACCGAAACACUCGAAAUGAGCCAGCUGCAGCAGAGCAAGCGGGUGCUGAAGGCGGUGCGUGACCUGGCUCCAGAUUCACUCAUCAUCGAAUACAGGGGCAAGUUCAUGCUGCGCCAGCAGUUUGAAGCCAACGGUUACUUCUUUAAAAGG